GGCUGAAAACUGGGAAGAGUGGAAAGGGAAAGUCGGGAGUGGACAAUUUGGAUCUCUAUACUCGAAGAAGGAAAAGGAAAUCAGAGCAAGCAAUCUUCAAUGGCGAAUAAGCCUUUGGGAUCGACGGGAGAGUUCUUCAGGAGGAGAGAUGAAUGGAGGAAGCAUCCCAUGCUUACCAAUCAGUUCCGUCAUGCCACCCCUGGCCUCGGCAUCGCCCUCGUUGCUUUCGGCAUCUACCUUGUCGGCGAGCAAGUUUACAACAGGAUCAAUUCUCCCUCGUCUUCUCACCACCACCAUUCCGAUGCAUCCUCCGCCACCCAUUAACUCCUACCGAGACAACACAAGUGGCUGUUCUUUUUUCCCUCUUUCCUAGUCAACACCCAUCUCCUUGGUUGCACAUGUAUAACCAUUCCUACAAGUAAGUUCAAAUCUUGGGUUCUCUUUCCAUUAUUUUUCCACGCUGGCUACCCCUUUCUCUUCUCCAUUCUUUGGAACAUUAGAGUGGAACGUUAAAAUUUGUUAGAAAGUCAGACUUUUGUGUGGCGUGUACUUUAUAUUGCAUUGCUAUGGCUGAUUCUUUGUAGCCGACAGGAGGAGGACCUUUACCAUAUGCUGUGGGGUUGCGAGUUUGUGCAAUCUAUCUGGAAUGAUUGACAAGCUUGUUUGUUUUAUGUUUGACCCGGAUUAGAGCUGAUUACUUUAAGUUGGAGGAGGUGAAUCUUAGUUCUCUAUUUCGAGAGAAGGGCAAAGUUUUCGUGGUAUGCUAGUUUCUUUGUAGGCAUUUGACUAGAGAGGAAUAACACGAUCUUUAGGGAGGUGGAGAAAUCGUGUGAGGAAGUUUAAGAAGCUCUCAAUAAAAAGCUUGGUUUCGUCAAAAAAAAAAAAAAAAAGUAGAAGUAAAAUAAAAUGAAAUAAAGAAAAUGGGAAUUAUAUAUAAAAUAACAUUUUACACUUAACUUCGAUUGUAAUUUGUCAAUUGGAUGGAUUUUUAUAAUGAUAUAGAACUUUUUCUUGAUAUGUUAAGAGUUAUAUUCAUAAGAUGCUUCCUUCUUAAUACGACUUUGCAGAUGCAUUCCUGUUAGGUGAAUCCAAGCUUGGAGUUCUACAGCACUCGUUCUCUUUUACCUCUUUUUUUUUUUUUUUAAUGUGCAAUAAAAGUAA